GACAUUGGCACUCACCUGACUAGAAUAUUUUCUGUUACAAAAACAUGUAACAUUCACAUGGUUAGUUAUAAAGUUAGUUGAGAGCAGAGAUAAGUGAUAAGCCGUUAGAAAACAAUGUCCGUCUCAGCUGCACUCUCCUCCACACCUUCCCACCUCACCUCUCUCCCUUCCAGUUCUCCAUUUUCUCUCAGAUUUUCCCUUCCUUUCCGGGAAAAUAACAGGGACCGGUUAUUCUUCAGUCCUCAGAGUCGGAGACACUCAGGAGUUGUGGUGGUGAGGUCUCAGGCUACAACCACACCUGCUUCUUCUGAGGCAGUUAAAGCCACAGCUGUGCCGUCUGAGAUGAAGGCAUGGGUGUACGGUGAGUAUGGCGGAGUUGACGUGUUGAAGUUUGAUUCCAGUGUUGGUGUCCCUGAUGUGAAGGAGGAUCAGGUUCUUGUUAAGGUUGUUGCUGCUGCUCUUAACCCUGUUGAUGCCAAGAGAAGGCAGGGAAAGUUCAAGGCCACUGAUUCUCCUCUUCCGACUGUUCCGGGGUACGAUGUUGCCGGAGUGGUGGUGAAGGUUGGUAGCAAAGUAAAGGAUUUCAAGGUGGGUGAUGAAGUAUAUGGUGAUGUUAAUGAGAAAGCACUUGAAGGGCCUAAGCAGUUUGGGUCUUUAGCUGAGUACACUGCUGUUGAGGAGAGAUUGUUAGCACCAAAACCAAAGAACUUGAACUUUGCUGAGGCUGCUUCUCUUCCUCUUGCAAUUGAGACUGCUUAUGAGGGUUUGGAGAGGCUUGGAUUCUCCCCUGGUAAAUCCAUUCUUGUUCUAAAUGGUUCUGGUGGUGUUGGAACCCUAGUCAUUCAGCUAGCUAAGAAAGUUUUUGGGGCUUCAAGAGUUGCUGCCACUUCAAGCACCAGAAAUUUGGAGCUGUUGAAAAGCUUGGGAGCUGAUUUGGCUAUUGACUACACAAAGGAGAACUUUGAAGACUUGCCAGAAAAAUUUGAUGUCGUUUAUGAUGCCAUUGGGCAAUGUGAGAGGGCAGUGAAGGCAGUGAAAGAAGGUGGGAGUGUGGUGGCACUAACAGGAGCAGUUACACCACCUGGGUUCAGAUUUGUGGUUACUUCCAAUGGAGCUGUUCUCAGGAAACUGAACCCUUACUUGGAAAGUGGACAAGUAAAGCCAGUUGUGGAUCCCAAAGGUCCCUUCUCCUUUGCUCAGCUUGCUGAAGCCUUCACUUACCUUGAAACAAACCGUGCUACUGGAAAGGUUGUCAUAAGUCCCAUCCCAUAAAGAGAGAGAAAGGGGUAGGAAAUUUUGCUGUCUAUCUAUUUCCUAGAGAUGUUCACUCUCGGUGUGAGUAAAUCAGAGUUUUGAUUUAUACAUAAAAAGCUUCACUGCUAAAUGUUCCUUCAAACUAUCCAUGACUAUUUUCCCAAGAAAAAUGUCUCUUUUAAACUUAAGGGAACAUGGACAUGUCCAAAUGAAACAAAUUAAUGAGAAACAUUGUCUUAACUCA